AUGGACAUAUUCUUCACCGCCUACGAGAAAUUCGGUGUGGUCAUUAACACGCAGAAGACGGUGAUGAUGCACCAAACGCCACCCAACUCAGCCACAGCCCCCAACGCGCCGCCGCAAAUCAGCGUGAACGGAACCCAACUGCAAGUGGUGGAUAACUUCGCGUACCUGGGCAGUACUCUUUCCCGCAACACCAAGAUCGACGACGAAGUCGCCAACAGGAUCUCGAAAGCCAGUCAAGCCUUCGGUCGCCUCCAAAGCACAGUUUGUAAUCGCCAUGGUCUUCAACUAAGCACAAAGCUGAAGAUGUACAAGGCAGUCAUCCUGCGAACCUUCUGUAUGGAGCGGAGACUUGGACGGUGUACACGAGGCAGACACGCCGUUUGAACUAAUUCCACCUCAGUUGUCUCCGCCGCAUCCUGAGGCUGAACUGGCAGGAUCGAAUCCCCGACGCCGAUGUGCUGGAACGAACGGGAUUCUCAGCAUCUCUGCCAUACUGAGACAAAUGCAGCUGCGAUGGAGCGACCACCUGGUGCGCAUGGACGACAAGCGACUACCCAAACGACUCUUCUACGGAGACGUCGCGACGGGUUCUCGCAGUCAAGGAGGCCAAAUUCGCCGUUACAUGGAUAACCUGAAGCGUCUGCAAAUCAUCCCGACCAAAUGGGAGCAGAUCGCACACGAUUGUCCGACCUGGAGGAGGGCAGUGAAGGCAGGCGCUGCGAUCUACGAAGCCAACCACAUCGCUGCCGCCAAAGCGAAAUGCAAAGCCCGCAAAUUCAAACUUUUCUCAGUACGCAACCCCGCCGCACAACCGCAUCCAACGUGUGUGUGUGUGGGGGGGGGGGGGAUGUAGACGAGUAUAAAAAGAAGUAGAUUUGCGCAGAGUACUAGCUACUAAAUUAGCUUGUUAGGCGGUCCAAAAUGCAGUUUGUCUUGUGAUUACACUCUACCGGCGGUAGAUCGGAGAACUGUUGUUGUACAACAGUUAUUCCUACAAUGGUAGGGGGCGCUAACCGAUCGUUCUUACGGAACUCCCUCGUUCCGUUGUGCCUUAUGGACUCUCUCUCGAGUCCUACCAGCAGGUGCACAGCGGCGCAUGAUAUAGGCAGAAUGAUAUUACCGACGUCGGUGGUUUAAAUCCGAAUCUUUGGAGCUAGAUUUGGUUGAACUUUAUGCCAGACUAGUUGGCUGGUAAGUAACUGGAGGAACGUGAUUGAUGUCAAUAGGAGGAAUUGGAUUGGAAUGCUAAGCCCUUUUUAGAGGGCUUCCUAAUGCCAUUUGAUAUUUGAAAUCUCAUCAUUGCAACAAAACUGUUCCCCAUUUUCCUAAACUCCAUUUGCCCCACAAGCUCCUUGCACUCUAAGGGUUCUAAAUCCGAGACCAGUAUUACGUCCAUUAGUGGAGUCAAACAGUCUAAUCCUUCCUUAUGCUCACUCAGUACACAUACGGUCAUGAAAACAGGAAAAUCUAAGCAGUCUACCAGCUAACUGGUCUGGUACAAAGUUCAACAAAAACUAGCUCCGGUGAGGCGGAUUUGAACCACCGACCUAAGGAUUACUGCUACCCAACUACAGUCCUCCGCUCUACCAGCUGAGCUAUCACCGGAUGACGGCAGAAUGUGCUGGCCUCCCAAAGUGCAUUUGGACCCUUUCACAUAUUAGCUCGUCCGUCUUCACUCCACAGUGCAUUCUUACAUACAGGCUGCAUUGUCGUCGGUCUUUUUCUUGGAAGAUCCCAAUUGAUUGGUGGCUACGCGACAGACCUAAUUAAUCGAAUUGUCUGCGUAAUGUGACCACAAGUUAGUUGUCUAUAGUUGUCCUUAACUGAUGUUCCAUGUUUGCUUGCGAUUUUAUAAUUGUGGUACAUUUCACUCCUAUCAGGAAAGUGUGCCCCUAGUAAAUAGAACCAAGUUGUUGGUGGUAGAUGUCAUUCCCCGGACGUAUUGAGGACGAAAACUUCACGACAGAUGUUUACGCGACAAGGACAUCAGGCGUUUGCAAUUGGUCAGAAUGACUUGACGUUGUGUCACAUUUCCCCGAGUUUCUAGUUCGAUCUGUGGAUUGGCAAUUGUCUGGCCAGGUCUAGAUGUCCGGACAGAGGCAUACUCGUUCAGCUUAGUGGUCAGAGAGACUCUGUUUCCUAGGAAGGAGUAUUGGUCUACCUAAGUGGGUUCAUUGCCAUUGACAGUUACCGUGGGUUCAUUAGGUCUAACCAUUGACGUCGGUUGGGGCAUAACAACUUGUGUACCAAAAGCAAUUACCAUUAUGGCUUACGUCGAGUACAGCAUGUUAUCGGAAGUCCUAGACGACUUAAAGAUACAUCCCCGGAUGUAAUCUAGCUUGCAGAAACGUGAUUGAAUUCACAGGUGGACAAUCGUGAUUUAACUAUACCAGGAUACCGGCAGUUUAGAAGAGACAGGAGAGAACGUCAGGGAGGAGGCGUACUCACGUAUGUAAAACAUGGGCUUAUAGUCUCAGAUAAAACAGAUAACUUUGCGUGUACUUCCGAGGCAAUUUGGCUAUCUAUAAAAGCCCCGGGUUCACCAAGCCUCGACGUCCUGACAGUCCACCGACCGCCGAGAAAUCACCCCACGAACUACGUCCAUCUGAUUGAGGACCUGGAGAGGUUCUCUAUUCGGUCCGAGAUCUUAAUCACGGGAGACUUCAAUGCACCUCAUGUUGACCGGUGUUCAGCCUAUGCAUCUGGUCCAGACCAUACUUUCCAACGACGUUUUUUGGACAUAAAGCUCAGGUUAUUUCUCACUCAACACGUCUAAUUUCCGACGAGGGUGCGCGAAGGGCAACGGACAAACUGUCUGGAUCUGGUCCUUACGAAGUCGCUAGACAGCAUCGAUGAGUUGCAGUGUCUACCUCCCUUAGGUCGAAGCGACCACGUAGUACUGUUGUGACAGCACUCCAUCCUUCUCUGCCCGAACAGGACACGAGAAUUAGAAGGAACAUUUGGCGCGGCGGCUUUGCCCAAAUGGAAGCUUAACUUAACACCAUAAACUGGGAAUCAGUUCGUUCCGGUGGCAUGAUCAAGGAUUGGAACUGCUUUAGUGAGUUAUUGCACGUUAUUCCCAGAGACCACUCUCCUAUUUGCCGGAGGAAAUUGAGCAACAGACCUUCCUGGCUAACGCAAGCUAAGAAAAGAAUUCAAUAAAAAGCGGAAAUUAUGGAGGACAGGAGCUCUGUGUGGAUAAAUGCAUACAAGGCACACAGUCACCUAGUUAAGAGACUAAUCCUCGGGACGCGGCGUACCUACGUUAUUGUUUAGGACGCUGGAUCCAGAAGUUGAUGGCAGUAAUGCAGAGCACGCAUACUAGGUCGACUUCGGUGGUGUAUCACAUCAGCGUCUCCUGUACAAAUUAAGCCGAAUAUACAUUGGGGGUAAUCUCUUGAGGUGGAUCCAAAGAUUCUUGAUCGGUCGCUCUCAAAUUGUCCAUGUCGGUGACAGGCAGUCAGCAGAGGUAGCGGUUGAAAAAUGUGUUCUGCAAGAUACCGUCCUUGAACCUACGCUGUUCAUUAUAUACGUCAAAGACGGCGUCGAUGAAGUGAAUUUUGAUGUCACCAUGUUCGCUGAUGACGUUAAGCUUUGGAGCGUCAUCCAAAAUCAGUGUUCAAGCCUUUACCGGUCUAUGAAGUUCCAGAGAUAAGGCAUCUAGGUCACUUUGGGAAGUCGCGGCCGCAUGUAGGUGAUAUAGGUGAUACACUGAGCACCCUGAUUAACGCCCUCUGCAUUCAGGCAUGCUUGCAUUCGUCGUACAGUCGUCGCCUGUGCAUUUGUGUCAUUCCACUUGAUGUUUGCAACAUUCUCAGUUUGACUUGAUUCUCCUCAUCUAGUACAGUUAUAGGAGCCUAACAUGUCUUGGGAAACGGAACCUGCAAAUGCCUCGAAAUCGCAUAGUCUGCAGCACUACGCGUUUGUGCUUGUCAAUGUCUCCGAAUGUUUGAAAUGCAGGAAGGAGUUCACACACAGAGGUUGCACAGACAACUCUACUAAUUUGGCAUUGUAAACAGUACCCAUACUACCCACUUGCUCCUGCUAGCGCUGUUGAACUGUCAUCGCAUUUAGUGCUUGCAGCAUCCUCAAAAUGACAGGUAGUCUACUGCUAAGCAGGGUCCAGAACAUAUGCUUUAUUCGCUUGCCAGUAAGCAAAUCAGUACAGACGAACACUUGAUAAAAUAUCAUUCGAGGCAUCUAUCUGCCCAACAUUCAAAAUUACGAAUGGAUCAAAGUGUUUAAAUAUCUUCAUUGUGGCCGUUUUUGGCACCAAGACUGUCAAAAGCCAUUGAUUACCACUGGACAUCGUCCUUUGUAACAAUUUCAUGAAAUUCAAUCUAUCUUCCAUCAGUCAUGGCAGCAGUGGAUAUCUUCCCGACAGUAUCUGCCUGACUAUAGAUGUAGAUCGGUAAUUACGACUUUCGAAACAUAUUAGGGUGCCUUUCUCCUUCAUAAAGCGAGAAGCCGGUAAAGUACGAUUUCCCCCUCACAAUACCUACUGGAUAGUCUCUCCUCUGUCUCCUACCGAAUUCCUCUAACAUCCGUCCCCAUUGAAAAUUGUGUACAUAUACUCCUCAUUUCCAUCAACACUCACUUGUCUCACUCACUUACAUGGUUCACAGACUACUGACAAUGGUAAUUUAACAAAUUCGUAGACUAGGCGUGCGCAUUUUGAGGUGGCGUCUUACCGAGUUAGCAUAUGACGUCUUACUAGACAGGCAUACUUAAUAAUUGUGUACUGAGUACCGUUAUUUCUGAGGUGGGGAAGUAAAACCUGCCAUAUUUUGAAUUGGACUCCAAACAGUAUCUCGCAACAUCUGUAAAUUGUAAUGCUCUCAUCGGUACUUGAGGCUAAUGAGGCCGAUAUCGUCUAGCAUUUCGUUCAAACAGUUUAUUUAUGUUCUUAUAUUAACGCCUGUAUUUCAGUAACGUUUGUUUUUUAUUAUUGUCCCGUGUCUGUUGAAUGUGUUUUGGCGUUUAAUUCGUCUCCCUCAGAGACUCGGAUAGCACCAACCAUCCAUAGACAGACUACUGUACAGCACAUUUAGUAACGCUAAUGUUUUUAACUCUUGGAACAAUACGUUCAUCUGUCUGGUUUCGAAAACUUUGUCGAUCUGAAGAAACUCUGUAGCUGUUUGAUGUUUCCAUUUUCAAAUAUUUGAUAUGGUUCGCUGACUCGUAAAAAAUAGGGAGUGGAAAGGUUCAACGCCUAUAAUUCCCUCAAGUAAACUGAACUGAACAUGUGCUAUUAGUAUGGUAUCAACUUCCCCUCAAAUAUUAGGGAUCAUCCUCCUAACAGUAUCGCGCAACAUCUGUAAAUUGUAAUGCUCUCAUCGGUACUUGAGGCAAAUGAGACUUUUGCGGAUUCUGGGCCAACGUCAGUAUUAGCACUUUAACCGAGGUCGGCGCCUCACCGACGGCGGAAUCGAUUUUCAGGAGACAUUAUGCAUUUAAUCGAUGCUGCCCAGAUUCGAAAGCAAAGCCUCUGUCAUUAACGCCGUCGACAAUGUCGAGCUCGCCUGACUUCCUCACGGUAUUCGCGUUUCGCCUUUUGGCCGACUACCUAGGACCUCCACAUCUACGAGAUGCAGCCGAGGAGAGUCUACGCCCACAAGACAGUGCAGGCAAGUGCCACAUUCAUUCACUUCACCUCCUUAAUACUGAUGUAUUAUGUGUUCUUUGGGCGAAUGGAGCCCAGUUAGGACCUGACAUCCUAUAGGGCCGUUUUACUUCCUUGCUUACAAACUUAGUGGCAAAUACACAGAAGACCUUUCUAACUGGUGGCAGGGUUGUCAGUUAAAUUUUAAUUAGGCCGUCCUGUGCAACUGAGGGGUUAGCCAGCAGCCAUCGACUUCCAAGGAUGCUGAUGUAGAUGUUUCCGAAAUUUUGCGGCAAAGAUCUAUUUAGUAGUCAUUUUGUGAAGCUAUGUGCUACCAACGCAACGCAGUUUAAGACCAUGCAAUGUUUCAAAGAUGUAGUUGAUAAUAGGAAAACCGUUCUCUGUGUGCUAGUGUGUUUGAGAGAGAAGAGAAAUAAUUGAACUAUCCGUUGGCAUUAGGUGUUUUCUGCGGGACCAGAAGGAUUAAUUCUAGUUGCAGACAUCGCAGGAAGUAGAUUUAGAGAAGUGACUGCGUUGUUUCCUGACAAUAGUUGUGAUAGAUUCUCGCUCUAUUCAAGAUGCGCAUAUGCUAACACGAAGUGUCCGCAUGGUAGCGUAGAUGCGCCACAUUUCAGAAGUGAGUUUUGGAUCCAACGGAGAUAGGCAGGAUUCAUUUCAGGCGUCGGGAGGAUAAAAAUAGCUCAUACUCCUUAUCUUAAUGUACUUUCCGUCUUUUAGCCACCCCCACCCCCAUUACCACCCCGACUCAAUCCCUCUCCGAGAACAUUUCAAGCGCAGUGGACAGUUCCGGUUCCCUUGCUGUUUCCGUCUCCUCUGACCAAGAUGUCUCCUCUUUGCCGAGAUCUUACAGCUCAGCCAUCACGAUCGUCACCUCCGCCACUGAGAGCAGCAGUAGCAGCAGCAGCAGCAGCAAACGCGAAGAGACGAGCCGAGACGAUAGAAUUGCUACUGCCAGUGUCAUUUCAAACACAAGUAGCCUCAGUUUCAGCAGCAUCAGCGGCAUCAGCAGCAGUGGUAGUAACAGCAGCAGCAGCAAACGCGAAGAGAUUAGCCGAGAGGACAGAAUCGCUACCGCCAGCGUCAUUUCAAACACAAGUAGCCUCAGCUUCAGCAGCAUCAGCGGCAUCAGCAGCAGCAGCAGCAGAAGAACCCUUAAUGUCACCACUAAUGCCACUGCCGUUAGCGAUGGUGACGAUGGAGACGACGAGAAGGACGAGGAGGAGGAGGAGGAGGAGGAGGAGGAGGAGGAGGGAGGGAGCAGGUACUCCCGGUCGUCAUCUCCCAUUCGUUGUACGCACCACCUUCGCCAUAUUCCAAGCCCACAUCUGGACAUGCCCCGCAUGCGGGUGCCACAACGACGGCCAACAAUGGCACAUCAGCAGACCUGCUCGCUGCAUCUUCAUCCACCCUUACGUUCUUUGGGAGUACUGAUGGUGUUUCAUUGGCGGCACCAGCACACCAGGCGAUCGGAUGAUACGUCGCAAGACAUAAGUUCAUCCAUUUAUGACUUGCCUUGGUCAUCCAGGCCCAAAAGGGAUGCCGCGGUCCAGGCUACUCCUUCUGUGGAGGAUUCGCUUGGCCAUUCGCAAGUCGACGCCUCCGAGUGUGACGCCUCAGGUGAUUAUCACAGAUAUCUUAGCGAGAAUGGGGUUUCCCAGGCAUCUCAAUGUGCAGAUGUGGUGACGGCAGCUGGGGAUUGCAGUGAUCAGGGAGAAGGUAAGAUCACAUUGAAGAAAUGUCUAUUUCUGACCAAAUCUCUGUUGGUUGGUCAGCUUAUUUCUGCACUGAUAACCCUUCGAUCCACCUAA